GUGUAACCCACGAGAGAAUCGUUCCUCCGUCUCUCGCGAACGAACACAGAUCUGUCGAGUGUCAAUUUGGUUUUCGGUUUUCAGUUUUCCGCGUUUCCCUUCGAUUCGAAUAUUUCAAUUUCAAGCGAGAAAAGUGCGCCGCAAUACAUACUCAAGGAUGUCCACGAAAUCCUCCGUGGAUUUACGAGCGGAAUUGGCGGAAUUGGUGAAACGCAAGGCCGAAAUCGCCGACACAUUGGCUAACCUGGAACGUCAAAUAUACGCCUUCGAGGGAAGCUACUUGGAAGAUACUCAAUUAUAUGGAAACAUAAUAAGAGGCUGGGACAGGUAUUUGGCGAGUAACAAAAACACCAACAGCAAAGCCGAUAAGCGCAAUAGAAAAUUCAAAGAGGCUGAGAGAUUGUUUUCCAAAUCAUCAAUCACAUCUAUGGCUGCGGUCAGCGGUCUCGUCGAGAAUACACAAGAAAAAAUUGAGCGCUACAGCGAGUCGGAAUCGCAGAUCGGCAACAGCGGUAGCGAGGACAAUUGCAACUUCGGCAAUACAAACGCGAUGUCGUCCGGCAAUAAUAAAGAGCCCAGCGGGAAGAAUCACACGUCGAGCGUGCAAACGGGAUACGCGCAAAAUAACGGGACACUGAGUAGCGGCGCGGACAAUAACGCGUCGAUUCAGUUUACGAACGGAUCGAUGUCCAACGGUAACUCGGAACACGCGUCGACGACACCCGUGAAAGAGUGUCACGGUAACAGCAAGGACUCGAGCAAGAACAAAUCGGCGAACAGUGCGAAGAAAAACAGCAAUAAACGUUCAAGAAAUAGGUAGAAAUUGCUCUAAAUAAAAAAAAAAUACUUUUUAACGUCAGAACAUGUGUUCCUUUUUUUUUUAUUGUACAUUAAUGUAUAAUAUCAAUGCUUUGUUUAUUCGGUGUUCAGCGGAGCUAUGACAUUACAUUUGUUUGUCACCAAAUGUAAUAUCUCGUCACAUUUCGUGUUAAUUUAUCGUUAUAAUUUUCGUAUUUUCAUUUUGUGUGUGUGUGUGUGUGUGUGUGUGUGUGUGUGUGUGUGUGUGUGUGUGUGUGUGUGUGUGUGUGGUGUUACGUUAAAAAGUUGAAAUGUUAAUAUAAAGCGAAAAUACUCCAAUUGGUAUGUAUAUAUGUAUAAUCAAUAUUUCCAUUUUGACUGUUAAAUUAUAUCGAGAGUAUGAUUUAAUUGAUACAUUUGACUUUGUGCGCUGAAUAAAUUAAUUUCUCUCUCGCAUCACGUAUACCCGCGUAUUAAUAAGCAACGUAGCGAAAUUAGUGUACAUUCCGCAGGAAUAUUACGUGUUUGUGAAGAUUCUUACAGUAUUGCUUGUUGAGCAGCUAGAUUUUUAAAUUUCUCGAAAUAAAAGUGCGAAAAUAUAGGAAAUAUAUUUGCGACACGCGCGCGAUCUAAC